AUGAACAACUUCCAGCGGCUCAGUUUGUAUAAGCGGAAACUCAACGGGUACUCUAGCUUGGAUUUAUUCGUUAUGCCUAUAACCGACAAACCGCGACUAAAUCACUCACAAAAUGCCAAAAAACUGUCACCUGCCACACCGAACCCGUGGGUCACGGGGGGUCCGCCGGGCGGCAAGGAUGCGGUGUUGGUGUUCCGCACCUACGCCCUGUCGCCGCUAGCCUCCGACAGUGGCGAGAGUCUGUCAUCGCAGGCGGCGACCCCAACCGAGGCGACGUCACUGUCGUCCCAUCCCGGUAGCCCGGCCGGUUCUGUGGAGCCGAAGAAGCCACACGCCGCGCCUCACGAUCCCGACCGGUCCGCCUCGCUCAGCACUGCCGCCAACACAACACUGCCGAAGAACUUCAACGUCCAGCGCAAGACGCGGGCCGUGGCACCGAGCCGGAGUGGCAGUAGCGCCACCAACACCUCCAGCAACAACGAGGACGACGACGAGGACGGCGACGGCGGCGAAGGUGAGGACGAUGAUGGCGGCGACGCGGACGAUGAUGAGGAUGUGCGGUACGGUGGUGGCGUGGACGAUGCUGCCGAAGGAGAAGAGGCCGAUGACGAUGAGGACGACGACGACGGUGCCGGAGGAACGACCUCGCAGGAUGAAACGAGCCCGGUAAAGAAGAAGGCCCUCCCGGUGGCGGACACGCGCCCGAACAAGUCUAAAAAGCGUCAGCUCGAAUCGUCCUCCUCGUCCAGCUCGCUAAGCAACGCCUCGAUGUCGAGUGUAAAGGGCGGCUCGGGCGACGAGAUUGAUCCGGAACUGCCGAGCUCCAAAUCGGAACCGGCGCUGGCGAGCGUCACAGUGGCCGAGCGGUCCGAGAAGAAGCAUCAGAAAAAGCAAUGCAAAGAGGACGACAAAGAGAACCACCAGCAGCAGUCGACGGCGGCGUCAGCGGUGGCCAAAACGGAAAUGCCGGCGGCCCAGCUCAACAUCUGUUACAAGUUCAUCAACACCGAGACCCGCCUGCUGCGGAAAAUCCUGAACGCGCACGGUAUGGCCGAGAGCGGCCCGGAGUGUAACGAUUUCAACCUCCUGUGGACCGGCAUCCAUCUGAAGCCGGACAUCCUGCGAAAUCUGGCCCCGUACCAGCGGGUGAACCAUUUUCCCCGGUCUUAUGAGCUGACCCGCAAGGACCGUCUGUACAAGAACAUCGAGCGGAUGCAGCAUCUGCGGGGCUACAAGCACUUUGAUAUCGUGCCGCAGUCCUUUCUGCUGCCGCAGGACUACAAGGAGCUGAUAGCGGCCCACAACAAGUGCCGGGGACCGUGGAUCGUCAAACCGGUCGCUUCGAGCCGCGGCAGGGGCAUUUUCAUCGUUAAUUCGCCGGAUCAGAUCUCGUCGUACGAGCAGGUGGUGGUCGCGAAGUAUAUCUCCGAUCCGCUCUGCAUCGAUGGCCACAAGUGUGACAUUCGCAUCUACGUGGCGGUCACCUCGUUCGAUCCGCUCAUCAUCUACAUGUACGAGGAGGGCCUGGUUCGGCUGGCGACGGUCAAGUACGAUCGGACGGCGGAGAACCUGUGGAACCCGUGCAUGCACCUGUGCAACUACAGCAUCAACAAGUACCACACGGACUACAUCCGGUCGAGUAAUGCCGGCGAGGAAGAUGUUGGCCACAAGUGGACGCUCAGUGCGCUGCUGCGGCACCUGCGAAGCCAGGGCUGCAACACCGAGCAGCUGAUGCUGGCGAUCGAAGAUUUGAUCAUCAAGGCGAUCUUCUCGUGCACCCAACCGGUCGUGUCGGCGUGCCGGAUGUUUGUGCCCCACAUUGGCAACUGCUUCGAGCUGUACGGGUUCGACAUUCUGAUCGACGACGUGCUAAAGCCCUGGCUACUCGAGGUGAACCUGUCACCGUCGCUCGGUUGCGAUACGCCGCUCGACACGAAAGUGAAGGCCUCGAUGCUGGCCGACCUGCUCACGAUGGUGGGCAUCCCGGCCAUCAGCCCGCUACAGAAGGCGUGCUACGAUAGCAAGGGGCAGAAGAUCCGCAACCUUACCACACCGUACCGUCGUGUCAAUUCGGCCGACUUUGUGCACACCACCAGCGGAGGAGGGCGAAAGGAUGGCACCACCGCCGGUCAGGGCAGCAGCAAGGGUGGCGAUGGUGGGGGAAAGCUACAGACAACCCUGAGCGCGCUGACGGCGGAGGAACUGAAGAUCGUUCGCUUUGCACGCUCGCAAUACGAACGGCGCGGUGGCUUCGUGCGCAUCUUCCCCACGAGCGACAGUAUGGCGCGGUACGGAUCGCUGCUCGAUCCCGUCACCGGGAUCCCCACGUCGGCCAUCACGUCCUCGAGCAGCGGCACCUACCUGAUGGUCAUCCCGCACAACUACAACCAGAUGCUGCACGUGCAGCUCUUUCCGCCGGGCAGCGAAACCGAGAACCGGAUCGUGCACCGGAUUCAGAAGUACGAGCGGGCGCUCGAAAGCUCACUCCCGAUCACGAUCGGGCCGAAGCACGCGGCGCCCAAGUGUGUGGACGAGGCGAAGCGGCUCCGGUUGCAGGUGCGCAAGCUGAUCGAGACCGGGCACGAGAUGAGUAUCCUGCAGGCGCGCCGCACCUUCGGCUACUACCUCGAGUACAUCCUGAAGCGGCUCUCGUCCGAACCGAAGCACAGCCACGAGGAGCUGAUCAUGAAGUUCCUGUACCGGGUCGGGGCGCACAUGAAGACACCGUUUUUCUUCCGCAACUUUGGCAACAAGGCCCUCGGCAAGGACCGGGGCGCCAUGGUGGCCAAGCAGCUGGGCGACUAUCUGCACCUGUACAACAAGGAAACGGAGGCGUACGUGGACCUGUUCGACAUCGUCGGCAUGCUGCCGAUCAAGCUGUACGACGAGUUUCUGGUGCAGGCGAGCGAAGCCGACCUCGAGUCGGUGCUGACGCUGCACACCAACCUGUCGCAGCAGAUGCCGUUCCUGUACAGUGGCUGCUCGACCAGCGUACCACCGGCGCCGCCGAUUCCGGUCGGGACGCACGGUUUCCUGAAAGCGCUCCCGAGCAUGGCACCGGGCGGUGCGAAUAAGGAGCUGAUUCGGCUCGAUCCGUUCUACAAGCGCACCGAGGGUCGCGUUCCGCUGGCCACACGCAUCGGCGGCGGACUGUCCGUGGGCGAAGGGGCCCGUGGUGGAGAACUGAAAGCGUCCGCUUCCCGGCUGUCGCCGAUGAAGAAGAAACCACCGAUCGGCGGCAGUAUGGUGAAGUCGUCGCGGGAGCGUGAGCAGCGAUCCAACUGGCUCUACUGA